AUGUGCGCAAGGAAAGGAGCAUGCGGUAUAGUUAAGGGGCCGACCUCCAUCAAGGGAUGGGUGAGGAAGUGGUUCUACGCUUCCGGGGAAUGGCUCGCAAAGGACGAGUCAGGUCGUUCCUUCUUUGACGUCCCCACUAGGUUUGGGAACCUAGUUUCAAUCCGACCAGUCCCCGAGCUUACGCAAGCCUCCUUCGACACGCUGAAAUACUACAAGGAGCGCUUUCCGAGGGGUAGGAAGGUCGGAACCCUGGUGACYGACGAGCUGCUGCUUGAGUCCGGGCUGCUAGAUUACAACCCUGCAGUUCGUCYCAUUGAAUCCUCAAGGCCGAACUCUGAACUUGCCAUGGUUUGCGGAUUUGCAAGCAGCGUGAAGCGCAAGUCCAAGGGCCGAGCCCAUGGACUUAAAAUUCGUCAGGAGUGUGAAGCAGAUAUAUCAUUCCUUAUGAGUCCAGUGAAGAUUGACGUGGAGAAAUUUGACGAAAUGAUCAACUUCGGCUUGUGGCAAGUGCAAGUCAAGGAUGUGAUGAUACAGUCUGGGUUACACAAGGCGUUAAAGGGAAGACCAAGUGAAGAUGCUUCUGAAAAGCUAAGUGGUGAUGGUGGUCCAAUGGAGUCCAGCGAUGGCUCCGACAGAGGUUGA